GGACUCCCCUUCCCCUCGGCUUCUCCCUCCUUCCCUCCCCACACCUCGCCGCCAGCCACGCCACCGCGAGUCCGCGACGACUCGACCGCCUCCAGCCCGCGCUCGCUCGCUUCUCCCUCGCAUCCGCCAUCCUACCCCGCGCAGCGCGCACUCAGUCCCCCUCCCCCUCCCGCCACGGCGCAUCCCCCAACCCCCCGCGCACACGUCCUCCGUCCCCGCGCCGCCGCGGCCGUCUCCGACGAGCUACUUCCCCCGCCUCGUGGACCACGCAUCAUAACCCAGAAUUCCCAACCGCCAUCCGCUGCAGCGCUCGAUCUCUCGUCAGCGCUGCCUUCCCCGCCGUGCCUUCUCUGCUACUCUUCUCCCCUGCUGUGCUGCUGGCACAGCUUCAGGAACAAGACGCCUGGUUGUGCAUUGGAGAGGUGAGUGAUGGCCAACAGCGAGUACGAGUACGUGAAGAGGGAGUUCGAGUUUGACCGCCGCCUCCCGCCCUCCAACUGGAUCGUCGUCCGUAUCGACGGCUGCCACUUCCACAGAUUCUCGAAGAUACAUGCCUUUGAGAAACCGAAUGAUGAGAAUGCUCUAAGAUUGAUGAAUGCUUGUGCCACUGCUAUGCUUGAGAAAUUCCCUGACAUAGUCUUUGCUUAUGGUGUUAGUGAUGAGUACAGUUUCGUUUUCAGAGAGGAAACCGAAUUCUACCACAGGCGAGAAAGCAAAAUUCUCUCUUUAUGCGUUUCCUACUUCACUUCCAUGUACGUGAUGAAGUGGAAAGAUUUCUUUCCUAACAAAGAGUUGAAGGAGCCACCAUAUUUUGAUGCGCGAGCUGUAUGUUAUCCAAAUUUGAAAACUAUUCGUGAUUAUUUGGCAUGGAGGCAAGUGGACUGUCAUAUAAAUAAUCAGUACAAUACCUGCUUCUGGAUGUUGGUGAAAUCUGGAAAAGGUGAACAAGAGGCUCAACUAGCGUUGAAGGGAACAUAUUCAAAGGACAAGAAUGAGUUGCUUGCUCAACAAUUCCAAAUCAACUAUGAUGAUGAACCGGCUAUGUUCCGCAAAGGGUCCAGUGUUUACCGAGAGAGGGUAGAAACAAAGGUGAAGACGGAUGACUAUGGGAAUCCAAUAAAAAGAACACAAUUGAAAGUUACAGUGGCACAUGUUGACAUCAUAGGGUCUGACUUUUGGGAAAACCAUCAACACAUUCUUCGAGAAGGAAAAUUUAGGCAUGAGUAUGUGAAGAAGUCUGACAUCAACCGCAUGCUUCCACCUUGUAAUUGGAUUGUUGUUCGCAUCAACGCCUGCCAAUUUGAUCAAUUCUCAAGGAUUCAUUCAUUUGACAAGCCAAAUGAUGAGACUGCUCUAAGGCUAAUGAAUGCAUCUGCUUCUAUGAUGAUGGAGCGAUACCCUGACAUGGUCUUUUGCUAUGGUUUUAGCAACGAAUUUAGCUUUGUGUUCCAUGAGAAGACUGAAUUAUAUCAGAGACAGGAGAGCUUAAUUCUUUCUUCUUGUUCUUCAUAUUUCACUUCUCUUUACAUGACGAAAUGGAAAGAGGUCUUCCCCCAUAAGGAAUUAAUGCAGCCACCAUGCUUUGAGGCAGAAGCUCUGUGUUGCCCAAAACUAAAGAUCCUAUGUGAAUACUUGUCAUGGAGGCAAGCAGAAUGUCACAGUGGCAAUCAAUACAAUACAUGCUUUUGGAUGUUAGUGAAAUCUGGAAAAAGUGAAAAGGAAGCUCAUGAGAUACUGAAGGGAACAUUAUCAAAAGACAAGAACGAGUUGCUUUUUCAGCAAUUUCAGAUGAACUACAACAAUGAACCUGCUAUAUUCCGAAAGGGUUCGUGUAUUUACCGGCAAAAGAUGAAAGAACUUGCGGAGGUGGAGGGCAGCGAGAAUGGCACAAGAAGAGAACAGUGGGAUGUGACAGUGGACCACCUUGACAUGGGACCCGAGUUCUGGCGAAGGCAUCCUUGGAUAACGAAUAGUAUACAUGUUUAGGGCAUCAACACGGUCUCUAAUAUACAUGUUUUAACAUUACUUUUUAUAAUUAAUCUUAGCAAAAUUUGUUAAACAUAUAAUCAUACGAAAGUAUUCUUCAUAUCGAAUCCACUUAUACCAUUUGUAUGUGUUGAAUCCUAGUAAUUUUGUGUGUAUUAAUAGUCAUAGUUUUUGAAGUUUGUGUGCACACAUUCUUAAACGA